CGAGUGUGUAUGUGCGGGCGAGAAGAUGGCGGCGGCGGGGGAAGCAGCGUGAGGAGUCGGAGGAGCGCCGAGGCUCAUUGAAACGGGCCGCCAUGGCCCUCCGCAACCCGCAGUAUAUUUUUGGAGAUUUUAGCCCUGAUGAAUUCAAUCAGUUCUUUGUGACUCCUCGCUCUUCAGUUGAGCUUCCUCCGUACGGUGGAGCAGUUCUGUGUGGCGCGCAGGCCACUGGUGAGCUACCCGAUGGACAGGACUGUCAGAGAAUUGAAUUUGGUGUUAAUGAAGUAAUUGAACCCAAUGACACUUUGCUGAGAACUCCCAACUACAGUAUUUCAAGCACAUUGAAUCCUCAGGCCCCUGAAUUUAUCCUUAGUUGCACAACUUCCAAAAAGAUCCCCAAUGACAUCGAUAAAGAAGUGAACUACAGCCCAGCUGACUGCCAGUACCCAGGCUCUGCCCUCGCGCUGGAUGGCAGCUCUAACGUGGAGGCGGAAGGUUUAGAGAACGAUGGCGUCUCGGGUGGUCUUGGACAACGGGAGCGUAAAAAGAAGAAAAAACGCCCCCCUGGAUAUUACAGUUACUUGAAAGACGGCGGCGAGGGUGGUCCUUCCACAGAAGCCCUGGUCAAUGGCCAUGCCGGUCCAGCAGUCCCCAACAGUGUAGGCACGGAGGAUGUGGACUCGAUGGGUGAUGUGCCCCCCGUGGGGACACCCAGGACUUGGGGCAGCCCCCAGGACACCACGGACUUCGUCAGCGACGCCGUGCCAGCUGGUUCUUUCCCCGGAGCCCUUGACAGCGGGGCCAGGACUGCAGGGCAGCCUGAGGGCUGCCCCGGGGCCAACUUGGAGCCCUCUCGCCUCCCUGCAGAGGCCAGCAGGGACACCCUGUUGAGGACAGCUGUGGCUCAGCCUGCCGUUGGGACCGAUACUACUGAGAACCUUGGAGUCACUAACGGCCAAAUACUUGAAUCCUUGGUUGAGGGCACAGCUGCCAACGGGGUGGAGUUGCACACUGUGGAGAGCUCGGACUCGGACCCCGCCAAGGCCGAGAGCGGCCCCCCUCCCGCGGACGCCCCGGCCUCUGCGGCAGCCACCGCUCCUGCCGGUCAGAGUCAGCCCGCCAAGUCGUGGGCCAGCCUCUUUCAUGAUUCCAAGCCCUCUUCCUCCUGCUCCUCCUCCUCGCCUGUGGUUUCCAUGGAAACUAAGUAUUCCCCUCCUGCCUCAUCUUCCCUGGUCUCUGAAAAGCAGGCCGAAGCCAAGGAAGGGCUGGUUCCAGUUUCAGAAGAUCCGGUAGCCAUAAAGAUUGCAGAGUUACUGGAGAACGUAACCCUGAUUCAUAAACCAGUGUCAUUGCAACCCCGCGGGCUGAUCAAUAAAGGAAACUGGUGCUACAUUAAUGCUACACUGCAGGCAUUGGUUGCUUGCCCUCCGAUGUAUCACCUGAUGAAGUUCAUUCCUCUGUAUUCAAAAGUGCAAAGGCCUUGUACGUCCACACCCAUGAUAGAUAGCUUUGUUCGGCUAAUGAAUGAGUUUACUAAUAUGCCAGUACCUCCAAAACCCAGACAAGCUCUUGGGGAUAAAAUCGUGAGGGAUAUCCGCCCUGGAGCUGCCUUUGAACCCACGUAUAUUUAUAGACUUCUGACAGUUAUCAAGUCGAGCCUGUCUGAAAAGGGUCGACAAGAAGAUGCUGAGGAGUACUUAGGCUUCAUUCUAAAUGGACUUCAUGAGGAAAUGCUGAACCUGAAGAAACUUCUCUCACCAAAUAAUGAAAAACUUACUGUUUCCAAUGGACCCAGAAGCCACUCAGUGAACGAAGACGAGCAGGAAGAACCAGGCGAAGGAAGUGAGGACGAAUGGGAGCAAGUGGGCCCCCGAAACAAGACUUCGGUCACUCGCCAGGCGGAUUUUGUUCAGACCCCCAUCACUGGCAUUUUUGGUGGCCACAUCAGGUCUGUGGUUUACCAGCAGAGUUCAAAAGAAUCUGCCACCCUGCAGCCGUUCUUCACGCUGCAGCUGGAUAUCCAGUCGGACAAGAUACGCACCGUCCAGGAUGCGUUGGAAAGCCUGGUGGCAAGAGAGUCUGUCCAGGGUUAUACCACCAAAACCAAACAAGAGGUUGAGAUCAGUCGAAGGGUGACUCUGGAAAAGCUCCCUCCUGUCCUCGUGCUGCACCUGAAACGGUUUGUUUACGAGAAGACAGGUGGAUGUCAGAAGCUUAUCAAAAAUAUUGAAUAUCCUGUGGACUUGGAAAUUAGUAAAGAACUGCUCUCUCCAGGGGUUAAAAAUAAGAAUUUUAAAUGCCACAGAACCUAUAGGCUAUUUGCAGUGGUCUACCACCACGGCAGCAGCGCCACGGGCGGCCACUACACCACGGACGUCUUCCAGAUCGGUCUCAACGGCUGGCUGCGCAUCGACGACCAGACGGUCAAGGUGAUUAACCAGUACCAGGUGGUGAAGCCCGCUGCCGAGCGCACAGCCUACCUCCUGUAUUACCGCCGCGUGGACCUGCUGUAGCCGCCGCUGUGUGUGCCCGACGCUGCUUGUAGAGCACCGGCUCUCACCGACUCCCCUCCUCUCUUUAGUGGCUCUUUAGAGAGAAACUCUUUCUUCCUGUUGCAAAAAUGGGCUAGAAUGAAAGGAGAUGCCUGGGGUUUGUGCACAACAUAGUUUAUGUUGACUUCUAACUUCCAAAUCAAAAUCAUCUGGUUGAAACAGACUGUCGCUUGAUUUAAGCAAAUACACAAAAAACCACAUUUCCGAAAUAAUGCCGAUUCCUGAGUAAGAAGGGGAACUUGCAUUUGAUUCCCAGUCUAACUGCAUAGUAGAAUAAAUCCUGCACCAGCAACAACACUUGUAAAUUUGUGAAAAUGAAUUUUAUCUUUCCUUAAAAAAAUAAAUUUUUUAAUCCAUCACACUUUCCUCCUUCACCCUUUAGUUUUUGAUAAAUGAUAAAAAUGAGCCAGUUAUCAGAGAAGAAAUAGUUCUUACUUCAAAAGAUAAACAAACACAAAAAAUAAGUUGCUGGUUCCUAAUAGGAAAAAUACAUUUUAAUAAUUGUGCGAUGAGAAGCUGCUUACGUACACAUUGCAGAUCAAAUAUUUGGAGUUAAGAUGUCAGUCACAUAGAUGGGUGAUUGUAACUUUAUUGCCAUUAAAAGAUUUCAAAUUGCAUUCAUGCUUCUGUGUACACAUAAUGAAAAAUGGGCAAAAUAAUGAAGAUCGAUAAUUCCCUGCGUCUGCUGUCUAAUUCUGCUGUCUGCUCUUCUACGAUGCCGCGUCUCUAAUUGUACACAGUUAGUGAUAGCUAGGAGUAUAAAGUUGUCGCCCAUCAAUAAAAAUCACACAGUUGGUUUAAAGCUGCGUGUGUGGUGUUUCUUUGACGGCAAAUGCCUUUUCCAGUAACCGGAGUUCAAGUGGGCAAGGCUGGGCUGCUGGAAUUAAAAUAAGCCCUUGGGGCAGCCUGACGUGUUUGUGAAAGCUGACCCAAGCCCUCAGAUGAUUCUUGUUUACUAUUUCCAAAGUUAUGAACUCUAGUGAUUUGGAUAAAUGAAUUUUUAAAAAUCUUCAAAUAGCAGAAAAGAGGAGGUAAGCGCUCUCUCCAUUGUUUUGUCGCCUGCAUUGCUGAGUUCAAGGGGGGGACGGAUGUGGGUCAUGGCUGAGCAUCCUUGUCAUUGCCUGCCACCGAGCAUCCUACCUGCGCCUCAGAUGCCACCUCCAGAUGUGGAAAGGAAGCCUUUCGAGAUGGAAGAGACGGAGAGAAGAGCCGUCAUAAGUGUCAGGCCGCUCCCGGCAGCUCUUGUGCCCGUGGCACCCUGGUUCCAGAAGGCCCUGUGCAGGCUGCUCACGGUAGUGUGCUGGGGUCCCCCGAGGAGCGGGUUUACAUGGUCCAAGCCUCUCCCCCAAGCUCUUGCGCUUACCGUCCGCUGUUGCUAAUUGUAGCCAUGUGCCACUGCAGGUUCGGAGCUUGCUUUUAAAAUUACAGUACUGUAUAGCAUAGGGAGCUAUACUCAGUGUUGUGUAAUAAC